CCGCUCCGCCACCGGAGCCUUCGCCGAGCAGGAGAAGUAUCUCUCAGAGUUACUUGCUGAGCGUCAAAAGCUGAGUCCUUUUGUGCCCGUGCUUCCCCAUUGUUAUCGUCUACUGAACCAGGCAGUAGAACCUCCAAUGGGCAGGCCGAAAUUACUUUGGGACCUUGGCAUGGAAGCAUUGAGGUCAGGGAUUACUAUCAUGUUUGACAUAAGAGAUACUCCCAUAGCUUUUUGGACACUGGCCUCCAAAUUGAUAUGAGAUGGCAUGGAAGCUUAAGAUUCCUUUUAGAAUAAAAGCUGCAAGCAUACUGUCGGUAAAAAAAAUCUUGCCAUGACUAUAAUAAUUGAAAAAGAGCAGAUGAUGCCUCUUCUAUGCUCAGGUGCUUGGGCAUAUGUUCUCCCAAGGAGGGCAUGAACUUCUCUUGUCCUAACACUACUUUGGGAAGGAUGUGUUUUACAUUUUUGUGCUGUGUGGUCGAAGAUCUGUUGGCAAACAUAUUUUCUAGAGCAGAGAUAAUACGUGUUACAAUGCUCUUGGGAAAUGCAUCUCUUUUAGAUCAAAGUGGGCUUGAAUAUGGUAGCCCAAUGACUACUGGAGGAUUAUUUUCAAAUGGAGGAGCAAAUGAUAUGAAUGGAUGGGCAUCACCCUUCCAAUCUGAAAGGAUGGGACUGGUGCAGCCUUCUUCUGCACAUAGUUGGCUUGGCUCUGAAGGUAGCUCCUCAGGUCUUAUUGUGAAGAAAACCAUCAGGGUUGAUAUUCCUAUAGACAAAUUCCCUACCUUCAAUUUUGUUGGGCGGCUCCUUGGUCCUCGAGGAAACUCCCUAAAGCGAGUGGAGGCAAAUACUGAUUGUCGUAUACUGAUUAGAGGGAGAGGAAGCAUCAAAGAUCCCACCAAGGAGGAGAUGAUGAGAGGAAAACCAGGAUAUGAACAUUUGAACGAGCCACUUCAUAUACUUGUAGAGGCUGAACUGCCAGCAGAAAUUGUUGACACUCGUCUGAUGCAAGCUCGUGAAAUCCUUGAAGAUUUGUUAAAACCCGUGGAGGAGUCACAAGAUUUCUUUAAGAAGCAGCAGCUACGAGAGCUUGCCAUGAUCAAUGGCACACUACGCGAGGAAGGGGGGCACAUGUCCGGUUCCGUCUCCCCCUUCCACAGUAGUCUCAGUAUGAAGAGAGCAAAGACAAGGGAGUAACAUGUUUGCCGAUUGGUAGGUCCUCUAUGUGGGGCCAUAUUCUACCUGCCUGCGGCAGCUAGUUUAUGUUGGGAUUGCUUGCCAGCAAGCAAUGCAUCCCCAUCGGAGGCGCUGGCACCAAGGUCGGUUCUAGCUCACUUCGUCGGUGUGUUUUUCUUCAGUUGGUGGGUUUGGUGAUAAUUAUGCAAUACCUAAUGUGAGAAUGUGUCGCUUAGCAAGUUGGGAAACUAGGGUAUGUCAUUGCAUGUGCUUUACUGCCAUGCAUGAAUUAAGGGGAAAUCAUAGAUGAGUACAUUGGUUCUGAAUAAUCUGAGUGUGUCCUCAAAAUGCUUUUGUAGUAUUCUGUAUGCAUGGUUUUAUCUUAUCGAAGACUCUGGUAACGGCAAUAUAUAAAUUAUUUCGUUAGCUACAAAA